GCCUCUUUAAUAAACAAUUAGUAUUCAACCCCCCUUUUUUUUCUCUUCAUAAAAGGUUUUCAUCAUUUUCUAUUGUUUAGGGUGUCCAAUUUUACCAGAAGCUCUGUUUGGAAUGCUAUGAGUACAAAUUUCCCGCAGACCCCUCUAAAGAAGUUUGGUAACAAUGAGAGUCCCCCAAUUCCUGAAUAAGCCGUUUCUUUGGUUUAUUGCUGCUUCGAUAUACUUCGCAUACAUGUAUCCCGAGAUCGGAGCCAAAGGAGGUUUCCUGAAACCAGAAAUAACCGUGAAAUAUGUUGCUGUUGUAGUUAUAUUUUUCUUGAGUGGUGUAUCUCUCAAGUCCACGGAGCUGAAGACUGCAACGUACCAGUUCCAAAUCCACCUUUUCAUUCAGCUGUAUUCAAUGCUCUUCAUUCCUCUAAUUGUUCAGAUCUUUGCAGAACUUCUUGAGCAAUUUUUUCCGAACCCUCACCUGUUGGUGGGAUUCGUUAUUGUCAGUUGCAUGCCUCCACCAGUUUCAUCUGCUGUACUGUUGACCAAAACUGCAGGGGGAAACGAAGCAGCUGCUGUUUUCAACUCUGCUCUAGGAAGCUUUUUGGGCAUUUUCAUAACUCCAGCCCUUUUAUAUGUAUUUUUUAGUGGUUCAGGAGAAGUGCCUAUAUGGGGAGUCAUACUUCAACUUAGCAUGACUGUCGUUCUUCCAGUGAUCAUUGGACAGCUCAUGAGAAUUGUCGUUGGCAGCUAUUUUGAACGUCACAAGAAACGAUUUUCUACCAUUGGAAGUUUUAUGUUACUUCUCGUCAUUUACACAACGUUUUGUGAUACGUUCGCCAAACAUGAUACAGCAUUCACCAUGUCGACUGUGAUAACGACUUCUGUAGCAGUUAUUCUACUGCAGUUAAUUUUAUUGGGAAUAGCUUUUGGUGUAGCAAGUAAUUUGACAUCCCUCUAUACUCCUGAAGAUGUUGUUGCAAUUUUGUACUGUUCUACACACAAGUCAUUAACAUUAGGAUUUCCGAUGCUAAAGGUGCUGUAUGAAAAUCAUUCUCAGUUUGGUUUGAUUUCUUUCCCUUUACUAAUAUACCAUCCAAUGCAAAUUUUACUUGGAAGUAUAUUGAUUCCAUUUAUUCAACAGUGGGCAUUAAAAGCAAAAAGAAGGUACAAGAGCAAAUCAUAUCCUCUGUGAGAAAUGAAGAGAAAACGAGCUAUACAUUUAUAAAAAUGGUUUUGUAUUAUAAUAUUUUUAUUUAACUUGUUUGUAUGUUUUUCUGUACCUGAAAUAUUUCACUAUUAAAAUGUUCUAUUGCAUUAUUUUUUAUAUCUGUUUGGUGCUCAUUGUUCUAAAUAUGUGAUAUAAUUUUAUCACAUGCUCAAGAUUAUCUUAUAAAAUAUAAUUUUUUAUUGUUUAUCAAAGAAUAUUUAAUUAAUUAUGAUGUAUCUAACUAAUUGUAAUUUAAAUAUGUAUCAUUAAAAAGUUGUAAAAAGCAUUAAGAAGGAAGCCACGCCCCCUAGUAAUUAUUUCAGGUUUGUAAACUGUUUUUUAUUGAAUAAAAAGUGAAUAGUU